AUCUCGUCGAGAAAACAGAGAUAUGAGCUACAGAUCGCUGGCCGCGCACAACGCCGCUUGUAACGAGAUAUUUCGCCGAUUUCAGGACUGCGAGAACGAGCAUCCGUUUCGAAAGUUUCUGGGCUACUGCGAUAGCAUCCAGCGAGAGAUGAACAAGUGCAUAAAGGAGCAAAGAGAAAUUCGCAGGGCAGAAAGCGCGCAGAGAUUCCAACGUGAUAGGUUAGAGCCGGAUAGGAAACUGGCACAGCAAGAGAGCAGCGGUUAGUCGUGCCCAGGACUAUAGUUCAACCAGUAGUUGAUUGUUCAAGAACUAUUGCAGUUUAUUUUUGUACUAAUAUCAUUUUGUCGUUUUUGACAACUGUAGAUUAAAUCAGUCCGAAUUGUAUGUACACUAA